AAUUCGAACGUUGUGUGGAGAAAUUUCCAAAUCCAACACACACAGUACAAUUGUUUUCAGAAUAACAUAAAAUGUCUUCAUUUUCCACAUCUUCAGUUGAUGAGUCUUCUAAUUCCAAACUUCCAGUUCGAGAAAUCCCAGGUGACUAUGGUUCCCCGUUCUUCGGAGCCAUUAAAGAUAGAUACGAUUAUUACUACAACCUUGGCCAAGACGAAUUCUUCCGUAUGAAAUCACAAAAAUAUAAUUCUACUGUAUUCAGAACCAACAUGCCACCAGGUCCAUUUAUUUCUAAAGACUCCAAAGUCAUCGUUCUCCUCGAUGCUAUAAGUUUUCCUCUUCUUUUCGACAAUUCAAAAGUAGAAAAAAAGAACGUCCUUGAUGGCACUUUUAUGCCAUCAACUGAUUUUUUCGGAGGAUAUCGUCCUUGUGCUUUUCUUGAUUCAUCAGAACCAAAACAUGCUACACUUAAAGGGUUCUAUUUAUCUUUAAUAUCCAAAUUUCAUAGUCAAUUUAUUCCUUUAUUUAAAAAUUCUGUUUCUGCCAUGUUUCAAAGUCUUGAAAAUGAAAUGUCCAAAAAUGGGAAAGCGAGUUUCAACAACAUUAGUGACGCAAUGUCAUUCGACUUUGUUUUUCGUUUGUUGUGUGACAACACAAGUCCCCAUGACACAAAUCUUGGCUCUAAUGGACCAAAGUCUUUUGAUUUAUGGAUGUUGCCUCAACUAGCUCCAUUGGUUACUCUUGGUCUGAAAUUUGUGCCCAACUUUUUGGAAGAUUUAAUGUUGCAUACUUUCCAAUUGCCGUUUUUUCUUGUGAGAUCGUAUUAUCAGAAGCUUUAUGAUGCUUUUAGUGAACAUGCUGAAAGUACACUGAAUGAAGCUGAGAAGAGUGGGAUCAAAAGAGAUGAAGCUUGCCACAACUUAGUUUUUCUUGCUGGGUUCAAUGCUUAUGGUGGGAUGAAAGUUCUAUUCCCAGCAUUGAUCAAGUGGGUGGCAAGUGGAGGAAAAAGUUUACACACUCAAUUAGCAAAUGAAAUCAGGACGACAAUCAAGGAAGAAGGUGGGUUAGUCACACUAUCAGCAGUCAACAAGAUGUGUUUGACUAAAUCAACGGUGUAUGAAGUGUUGAGAAUUGAACCCCCAAUCCCUUUCCAGUAUGGUAAAGCCAAAGAAGAAAUAAUGGUCCAAAGCCAUGAUUCAACUUUCUUAAUCAAGAAAGGUGAAAUGAUAUUUGGGUAUCAAACUUUUGCUACAAAGGAUCCAAAGAUUUUUGACAAACCUGAGGAAUUUGUUCCUGAGAGAUUCAUGGGUGAUGGGGAAAAAUUGUUAAGGUACGUUUAUUGGUCAAAUGCUAGAGAGACUGAUGAUCCAACGGUGGAUAACAAGCAAUGCGUUGGGAGAGAUCUGGUUGUGCUGUUAUGCAGGUUGUUGUUGGUGGAGUUUUUCAUGCGUUACGACACAUUUACAGUGGAGUCAAGUAAAUUCUUGGCGGGAUCAUCAGUAACGUUUAAGACAGUGGAAAAACCAAAAAGCGACAUGAAUUAGUCUUCAUUUAGCGAAUUAUGGUCAUAAUAAAUAAGCUCAUGGUCAAAAGAUUUAGCUAUGACUACUGCAUGUGGUCACUCUGAGCAUUGUGGUAUUCGUAUAAUGAUAAUGAAUUGAGUGCCUGAGUGGAUAUGUUAAUAAUGAUGUACAUUAUUUGUUACAGUUCAUGUAUGCAUGCCCCGUAAAUGAAGUGCACGUACCUAGGAGAUAAAAUAAUUGACCAAUUCCUUCUGCUUAUAUAGUUAUAUGUUUGGUACAA